AUGGGAAACCCACGGACAAGGUUUGCCUGGUAUGCCCUGCCCCCCUACUUCUCACAGAUACGGAGUACCGACAGCGAGCCCUACCCCUUCCCGGGCCUCGCCGGCUGUGCCAUAGCUGUCAACAGGGAGACCUUCUUCGCCAUGGGUGGGUUCGAUCCCAACCUCGAGAUAUGGGGCGGAGAACACUUCGAGCUGGCGUUCCGAACUUGGAUACCUCUACCGUACUCCUUCGUCGGACCGGCGCUGGUGAUUCUGGCCAAGAACCUGUUGCGAGUAGCAAAUGUGUGGAUGGACGAGUAUAAACAUAUUGUAGAGAGAUCUAUAAGAGGCAUGCUCGGGUUUCUUCCCGUCUUCUCACAGCAGGAGAUGGUUACAAUUGACGAACGACGAUCUUUAAGGCGACAGCUCCAAUGCAAGAACUUCACAUGGUACCUGGAGCACAUUUUUCCUGAAGCAGAGGUUCCUGCCAACAACAGCAUACAUUUUGGUGAAUUUCUAAACAUAAACACUUCUCGUUGUUUAACUGUUGAGAAUAACACUCUCGCACCGACAAAGAAGAAGUGUGGAGGCUUCAUGAUCGUCCCUGAGGACCAUUUUACUAUAGACUCAAACGGGAGGUUUCGCCAUAAAGGACGGUGUAUUGUUCCCGAUAGGAAAUCCACGAAUCUUGUUAUAAACGAGGAAUAUUGCUUUAACUCUGAACACUACUGGCACGGAGCCAACUCAGUUGGACCAAUCGUGUACUCGGACGCGGAAGGCACCUUGUGUCUGACACACGACCUUGACCUUGAACAAAUACGCUUAAAUGUGUGUGACGUUCACGAGCAGGCACAGACGUGGAUGAGUUUAUACUACCUCCAAGACGAUGUCAAGUAA